AUGGCCAAAGGUUUCCAAUGUUCAGUUUUUUCACCAUCAUUGAAUAUUGUUCAAAAUGGAUACACAUCAAUACCUUCAAAUGAAACUUAUCCAAACGAUGAAUAUUCUGUAUCUGAAUAUUGGCCUGAUGGUUAUGGUCAGUUAACUAUUUGGGGUAAACAACAAUUAUACAAACUUGGUCAAUCAAUUGCAUCCAAAUACUCAACCUUAUUACCAGUUAAUCCUCAUGAUGUUUAUAUUCAAAGUUACGAUGAUGUACCAACCUUUGAAUCAGCUGAAAUCCUUUCCGCUGGUGCUUUUCCUCCGAUUGAUAGAUGGAUUUGGAAUGAGAAAUUACUUUGGCAACCAAUUAAGAUAAACACUAAUCCAUCAGCUAAUGAUACAAUUUUAGGAACAUCAAUUCCUUGUGAAAUACCAACUUUAAGUAACAUUCAAACACGAGAAGCUUACAUACAAUUGACAAAAGCCCAUUCCAACCUGUUGGCCUAUGUUGCUGAAGAAACUGGAUUAGAGGAUAUGAGUAUUAAACAAUUCGUCGAUUUGUAUAAAAUAAUUAUUCUCGAAGAUCAUGCAAAUCUACCUCGAUUGUCUUGGCUUAAUCAAACAGUUUGGCAAGAGAUGGAAAAAUUUGUCUCUGAUUUGGCUUAUUUGAUGUACUCAGACAAUUUAGUACAAAAAGCCAUAGCUGGACCUUUACUGGCACAAAUAUCUAAAAAUAUUGAAUCAAUUCAACAAGGAAAAGAUUCACCAAAGGUUUUCAUCUAUUUUACCAAACAACCUAAGAUGAUUUCCUUGUUGACCAGUUUGUUGAUUAACAAUACUCAAGAAAUAGUUACCAAACCAGGAGCAGUUAUUGGAUUGGAAAUUUAUUCCAAUUCAGGAAAACAACCUUAUUUUCAUCUAACAUUUAAUGAUGGUGAAAAAACUGAACAUUGGAAACCUUUGGCCAUGUACGGAUGUAAUCUCGACUGUCCAAUGGAUCAUUUUUACCGAUAUGCUCAAUUUGUAUCACCGAUCACUGGAGAAGAGCUUUGUAGUCAUUCCGAUGGUCAACCAGUAACGUUCCCACCAGUACCUCGAUCAUCAUCAGAUAAUUCAGUUGUCCCUCCAUCGGCAGCCUUAAACUCAGAGACUGAUGUUUCAACCGAUGUGUGACGGUCGAUAGGGGGC